CCUAUGGUUCCUACUCCUAUGGAGGAAGCCCAGGAGUUCUAUGUGAGCGUUAGGAGAGAUGAUCACAUGGCGGUUACCUUUGAGCCCUCGAAGAGGCAUGCAGCAAAGAAACAACUUGUUGAUGAAGACAUUGAAAUCAUUGAGAGGUCUGAAGAAGAGCGACCGAAUAGGAAGAGAAGAAAGGAGCCAGGGCAUAAGACUGCACGUAAGUCCACCCGCCGACUCAGCGAUUCUUCACGCCGUAGUGCAGCAGCCGAGAAGCGGCAGAGGACACAUUCUCCAGAGCCACCACAACCAUCGUCCACCCGCCGACUCAGCGAUUCUUCACGCCGUAGUGCAGCAGCCGAGAAGCAGCAGAGGACACAUUCUCCAGAGCCACCACAACCAUCUACUUCUUGUUGCUUGCAUGGAUUGCCAUGCAAGCAUGCAGAUGACGAGGAGGCUCACUUGGACCGCUUGGCUCGAAGAGUAGCUCCUCGCAUACCACUGGAUGACUUGGAGAGUGGUUGGAUUGCCCGUCUCGCGCAUAAAUUGCUUGACAUUGUGGUGAAGAGAUCUGAUGAGUCACACUCCAUCAGUGCGACUCAAUCAGUGAGUCGAGCUAUUCCAACUGCAGACAGUCCUCUUGUGGACGUGGAGGUGGAGCAGGCUGCCGAGGUCGAGGUGGAGGUGGAGCAGGCUGCCGAGGAGGUGGUUGAGGUGGAGCAGGUUGUGGUGAAUGAGCGACUGGAGGUUGAUUUGGAGAAGCCCGUGGAGCAGGUUGUGGAGGAGCAGGCCGAGAACGAGCCUGAGACGCCUUCGGUUCCAACUCGUGAGCCUUCCCCUGAUCCAGAGGAAGAUAUGCUUCCCACGGAUGAGGAUGUGUCUUGCGGAGUACGGGCUUUGGCUCCACGAGUGCGAUUGCCCUCUGCUGCGUUGAGGAGCCCGUACAUGUCGGGUGCGAUUGGUCGUGCUCCUACUACCCCUGUUGCGUUGAAAAGGCUAUACAAAGAAUUUCGAUCAAAGGAUGCCGAUGAAACUCUUAGGGUUAUCUCUACUGGGCAUGAGCUGAGUAAUUCCACAUUUGAUGACAUUGAGGAUAGCUCCGCCGAGUUCACCGGGACGAUCAUUGAUUUGUAUUUGAUCUAUAUGAGAGAGAGAUUGAGGAAGAAAAAUAGCAUAUCUUCGGUGGUGAAAGAUAACUCGACAGUAAUUGUUGGAUGUGAUUUCUAUCUGGUAUUGCAUACUGAGUUUGAAAAACUCCACGGACCAAAGCCGAGUGGAGUUGGUAUUGGUGUGAAAAGCCUGUACAAUUAUUGGACUCCACCGAAGGGAUUGGUGAAGGACGUGAGUGAAUGGGGGAAGGCGAAUCAGGUCAUUAUCAUAUGUAAUGUCGGUCGUCGUCAUUGGGUCAUCGUCCGUGUACUAUUGCACGAAUGGACUGUAGAGUUGUACGAUUCUUUGGCCUUCAAGUACGACACUGAGGUCGGGGUUUCAUUAGCCGCUCGGACUUCGAAAUUGAAAUGUAUUACUCGUCUCCUUCCCCGACUCUUGAGGCAGGCAGGUUACUGGCAGCAUCACGAUUCCAAACUGGAGCAACUGUACGAGAUCCCAUUGACCGUGAUGCCUUCGCGUGAUCAAUUUUGUCAGACGGACUCGGUUAGUUGCGGCCCCUUUUGCACCAUGAUACUUGAUCGUCUCUUGACGCGCACAGAGCAUCACCGAGGGGCUGUCGACGAGAUAUACUUGUCCCAGUAUAGGCAUCGUGUUGCUCGUCGGAUAUUUUCUCUUACUAUUUGAUAUUUAGGUUGGAUGUUGAACUCUGCUUUGGAUU